AGGGGGAACAGAGGUGGGAGGGACGGGCCUGCCAGUUUCUCUGCCAGCAACAGGGACGCCAAGGCAUGGCUGAACCAUAACAGGUGCCCUGGGGGAAGUGUUCCUGUGCUGAGAGUGACACAGCCGUCCCAAGCAGCCUCUGGCUCUGGGCAGCAGACUAAGAGCGGGUGCACAUGUGCCCGCCCAGCCCCGGGACUCCGGCAGGGCAGAGAAGCGAGCCAUUGUCCCCACGCAGUGCCAGUCUCGUGGGCACCACCCGCCGACGAGGCCCCGGCCGACACAAGCUGCUGGGUGGGACGCAGCAGUUGUGCCAUGGCCGGGCUGGUGCUGCCAGCAGUAACCAUGGUCCUUCUCUGCAUGGCUGUGCGUCUGGAGGCCAGCCUGGAGCUGUCUGGGUACCUGCGCAAGGUGCUGAGGAAUCACACUGCUCACACUUGUGAUGGAGAGCAGCUCCUCAUGGUCUGCCCUCACAAAACCACCAUCAGCAUCCUCGGUGCCUUCUAUGGGCGCCGUGUGCCCAGUGCCAACCUCUGCCCCAGCCCCGUCAAUGCCUCCCAGGAGAGCACUGAAUGCACAUCUGCCACUGCCCACCUGAAGCUGCUGGCUGAAUGCCAGGACCAGCAGUGGUGCCAAUUCUCAGUGCACAGCCAGGUCUUUGGGCCAGACCCCUGCCCUGGGACACACAAGUAUCUCAUUGCUUCCUACAAGUGCCGACCAGGGAAUCAUCGCAUCAAGACUGUGUGUGAGAAUGACAAGCUUAGGCUGCAGUGUCGACCAAAAUCUAUCCUAGCCAUUUAUUCUGCAAGUUAUGGACGAUUCCUGCGGGGCAAACCAGAGUGUGAUGCCUUGAACACUGGAGGACCCCAUAUAGAAUGUGUGGCUCCAGAUGCUCUGCGCAGGGUCUCCAAGAAGUGCCACCGUAAGGGGAACUGCACUGUGGCUGCUGACAAGGCCACCUUCGGGGACCCAUGCCUCCCCGGCAUGAAGAAGCAGCUGCGAGUCUCUUACACCUGUGUGCCCCAGCAGCUCCUGGAGGAGGUGGGCCCUGACACCUCAGACCCCUUCCUGCUCUCAGACUACAUGCACGGUGGCUGGUACAAAGGGCCCAGGUUCUCCAUGCUCCAGGAAGACCGCAUGAUUUUUACUAGCUCUCUGGCAGCUUUUGCCCACCUUUGGGAUGUCCCAGAGAAAGUUGCCCUCUACUUUCUUUGUGGAGUCUCAGGAGGCCUCAUGCUGCUGCUGUGCAUCAUCAGCCCCAAAACAACCUUCCUCCAGGAGGUGGGAGAGGCUCUCAAAGACCCAGAGCUGGGGAGCAGCUCAGAGCUUGGCAGGACCAAAUUGCAGGAUGAACAGGAUGAAGACAUCGCUGAUGACAGCUCCUCAGACUCCUCCUUCCGCCGCCUCACUCGCACCUACCGGGCCACUGACAGCAUCUUCAGCCCUGAACUGACGGCAGCCAUGGAGGGAGCGGUGGAGCACCAGGGCCACAACGGGGAGGAGAUCUGGAUGCCCAAGGAGUCAAGCCCAUAUGCCAUACAUAAGAUCAAAUCAGCCACCAAAUAAGAACAGGAAAGAAAAUGGCUGGAGAGAAGCAGAGGGGUUCAGGCUCAGUGGGAUCUGACAUCAGAGAGGCAUAAGAGUUUGGGCUCCUCUGAGUAACUGGACGCCCUGAAUAGCAGCAGGGUCAUGGCAGCUCCAGUGUGUCCAUCAACCCAUUGCUCCACAGCAUGGACACCUCUAACCUGGUGGUAACUUGCAGUCCCUGGGUGUGAUGAGGGGCUUUGCCACAGACACGCCACUAACCCUAACCUAACCUCCCUGUUCUCUACUCACAUCAUCUGGCUCUAGAACUUAACCCUGAUCAGCUGCGCCAAGCCCAUCCUGAGCCCUUCCUACUUUUCCUUGGGUACUAGCUUCCACUCCUGGUGCUGCAAACAUACCCUGCACUCAGGCAGUGCUCCAGGGGCAGACAGGCAAGAAUGGCCAGGACAAAGGGAGGGGCAGAUGCAAGCACAGCCGCACAGCCCCACCACAGUGCAUGCCAUGCAGCCCUGCUGUGACAAGGGAGCUACUUCCCAGGCUGAGGUAACUGGCAGCUCAGACCUCCCUGCAGGCAUUCAGGAGGUCUAUCUCCUUCUGCAACCCCAUUUUGCUCUGUGCUUUACUUUGUACUUUCCCCAGUGGCAGGAUGGCCCCAAGUUUUAACUUGCUGUGUUUUUUUUCAGUAAAUAAAUGCAACAGCUCUUGGGCACAACAUCUCUCCCUGAUCUUGCCCAUUAGUAAUCAAAAGGGGAAAAAGGAAGAGGCAAAGUUCAGCCCUCCCUGUGCAGAGAAGCACCUUGCCUCCCACCAGUGCUUCUGGCACUGGGCCAUGGGAAGCAACAAGUUGGGCCUGUU